AAUUGGCAAUCGGGCUCGGCGUUAUUUUUUUACAUGUCAAACUCGUUAACGUAAAAGCUAAAAAUGCUUCGUUUUUAUUAUACAAACGUGUGAAAUUACUAUUAAAUGGUAUAAUUUCCGUAACAUAACCAGUUAUUGACGAGUGAUAAUAGUUUAAUCGACAAUGGACGUGGAUACGGGCGGCCGCAGCUCGCGCUCCCGCAGCAAGUCCGUGGAGUCCGCGGCGAAGUCCCGCUCGGGCUCGCGCUCCGCAUCAUCAUCCUCCAGCCGCAGCGGUUCCGCCGCGAGCCGCAAAUCCAAGUCCAGAAGCCGUAGUGGAUCUGCUGCCGACCGCAAGUCCAAGUCUCGCAGUCGCAGCGGGUCCGCCGCUAGCCGCAAAUCCAAGUCUCGUAGCCGUAGUGGGUCCGCUGCUAGCCGCAAAUCCAAGUCCCGAAGCCGUAGUGGGUCCGCUGCUAGCCGCAAGUCGAAGUCCAGGAGUCGUUCACGUUCCUCGCGCUCGUCGCGUUCCCGCAGCGGUUCCGCAGUGCGUUCUGAUGCCGGAGAUCGCAAGUCGCGGUCGAGGAGCGGGUCUCCAGCUAAAUCUAGGUCUAGAAGUGGUUCCCCGAUGGAUCAGAGUGGCUCGCCUCGUAAACCGCGCUCCAGAAGCGGUUCACCUGCCAAGUCGCGUUCGAGGAGCCGAUCUCCGGCUAAGAGUCGUUCGCGCAGUGGAUCGCCAAUGGAUAAAUCUCGCUCCCGAAGCGGCUCUAGAGCUAAAUCCCGUUCUAGAAGCGGAUCUCGGGCUAAAUCUAGAAGUGCUUCGCCGGCUAAAUCUCGCUCUCGUAGUGGUUCCCGGAAGUCACGUUCGCGAAGUGGGUCCAGGGCGAAGUCCGGUAGCGGUUCGCCAAAGAAGUCCCGGUCCCGUAGCGGCUCGCCGCGGAAGUCGCGAUCUCGCAGUGGAUCGAGGCCUAAGUCCGGGUCGAGAAGUCGCUCGGGGUCGCCGGAGCGCAUGGAGAUUGAUGAGGCGGGCGACAGGCCGGAGUCGCCUACCUUUACACAGGUCGAAAGAAAAAGCCGAUCACGAUCCAAAUCAGCGGGCCGCAAGUCAGCAUCCCGCUCUAAGUCCCGUUCCAAAUCUCGCUCUAAAUCCCGAUCCAAAUCCCGUUCCAAAUCUCGAUCCAAAUCCCGUUCUAAAUCUCGUUCCCGCUCCAAGUCCGGUUCGCGCUCAAAGUCCCGUUCUCGCUCUAAAUCCCGUUCCCGUUCCAAGUCCCGGUCCCGUUCACGUUCUGGCAGCCGCUCGCGCUCGCGAUCAGGAUCGAGAUCCAAGUCAAGGUCAAGAUCCAAGUCCAGGUCAAGAUCUAAGUCGAGAUCGAGGUCGAAGUCGGGAUCUCGCUCGGGCUCUGCCAAAUCCAAAUCUAGGUCCCGCUCGCGCUCGCGCUCGGGCAGCCGCUCGCGCUCGCGCUCCGGCUCCGGGUCCCCGCGCGCAGACGCCAAGAAGCGGCGUAUAGUCCGUCUGGCGAGCGACGACGAGGGCGACGACGAUGGGCCGCGGCCCGAGGGGGAGGGGGACAAGGGGCAGAUGCCGCCGCCCGCGCAGGACGACUCCUCGGAUGACGAGAUCGCACCCGACUCCAAGACGGAGGAGAUGACGGGCGGCAUGUCGGACUUCGAGAUAAUGUUGGCGCGCAAGCGGGAGGAGCGCAAGGGCCGGCGGCGCCGCCGCGACAUCGACAUCAUCAACGACAACGACGACCUCAUAGCGGCGCUGCUGCAGCAGAUGAGACAGGCCGCCGAGCAGGACAGGGAGCUUAACAGAAAAAAUCAACCUGCUGUCAGGAAGGUGUCGAUGCUAAAAGCGGCCAUGUCCCAGCUGAUCAAGAAGGACCUGCAACUGGCCUUCCUCGAGCACAACGCUCUCAACGUGCUCUGUGAUUGGCUGGCCCCCAUGCCCAACAGGGCUUUACCCUGUCUGCUGAUAAGGGAUUCUAUACUAAAGCUGCUACAGGACUUCCCGUCGAUAGACAAGUCCCUUCUAAAGCAGUCGGGCAUCGGCAAGGCGGUGAUGUACCUGUACAAGCACCCCAAGGAGACCAAGGCCAACAGGGAGCGCGCCGGGAGGCUCAUCUCAGAGUGGGCCCGACCUAUUUUUAACUUGUCGACAGACUUUAAAGCGAUGACGCGCGAGGAGCGGCAGGCGCGCGACGAGGCCAUGGCGGGCGCGCGGGGGGGCGGGGGCGGCGGGGGGAGGCGCGCGGGCGGGGGGGACGAGCCGGGGCCCUCCGCCAAGCGCCCGCGCAACGACGACCGCGCUGACAAGCCGCUGCGGCCGGGCGACCCGGGCUGGGUGGCGCGCGCGCGAGUCCCGACGCCCUCCAGCAAGGACUACGUGGUGCGGCCCAAGUCCACCAGCGAGGUCGACAUGUCCACCGUAGCAAAGAAGAAGAUGACGCGAUACGAGAAGCAGAUGAAGCGGUUCAUCGACCAGAAGCGGCUGCGCAGCGGCGCGCGGCGCGCCGUCGAGAUCUCCAUCGAGGGCCGCAAGAUGGCGCUGUGAAUGUAAACACGUACGCUGUACGGAGACUGGAGACAUUUAACCCUAUACUUGUACAAGUUGUUUUUUCAACUAUUUGUCAUAAUAACAUUAAGCUAAUUUUAAGGUUUAACAGGUAAAUUGACAGUAGGUACGCGGUGCGCGGAUGUCGUGACCGCUACUCAUGCACUGUUAGUGCGUGGAAAUGGAGACCUAGUGACUCUCCGAAUAAAAUACUAAGUUAAAUCAUAAAAUUAGCUUCAUGCUACAAUGGCUAACGACACUUUAAAUUCGAUUAUUUGUCAUAUUCCGUAAAGUUGUUAUAAUUUGUAUUGCAUACUUGCAUUGCACAUUUUGUAAUUUUGUUAAGUAGAUUGUUGUACCGUACCGUAGUAGAACCAAAUGUCCCCAGAUUCCCUUAGUCUCGGUGAUAUACUCGUGUGGUGCGAUUAUAUAUAAUUACCUAUAGUCGCCACCAUAACGAUCAGAGCGGCUAAGGUGUCCACAAAUAUCUGAACACGCCUCUACUCUCAAGGCGUUAAUGUAUGUUUCAAUAUUUCGAGAUAAGUACCAUGUAAGUACACAAUAAUAUGUCUGGUGACGAUUGUAAAUAAGCACAAGUGGAUGCUGAUAAGCAAUAAUGUCGUUGCUUAUCAUGAAUAGUGACACAAAACAAAAUGAAAUGCCAUUCGAUUUUAAAUCUUACCAGUAAAAGAUAGAAUAUUAAAUGCAAUAGCAUUUCAUUUUGAGUUGUGCCACUGUUAAUGAUAAGCGUCGAUGUGUCAACCCACAUUAAUUUUGCAAUGAGAUGUCAACUCAAAAAAUUGACGCUUAAAGUUUAUUGCAAACUGGAUGUGGGAUGACUCAUUUUUGGUAAACACCAUCCAAGUCACAUAGAUGUUGACAAGUUCGGGUCGGCACUGUGAGCUUCUGAUUCUAGUUUGGUUUUAUUUAGGCAUAUUUUAACAAAAAAAAUACUUAAAUCGACAUUUCUAAAAAACAACGUGAAUUUACGGAUAACUUUUAUUUUGUUACCUCAUUGUUUAGUUAUUUUUGUCAUGGUAGUGAUUAUGAGAAAUAUGUAAUCACGAAAAACUUUUUAGCAAUAUUACGUAUAUGAUAUAGUAUGAAAUGACACGCACACAAAAGUACGCCUACGGACGUUGCUAUAGAGUUUAAAAUAGUGAUUUUUUAUAAAUUCCUCUGGCACCAAAAUGAGAAGGUGUAUAAAACUUCUUGGGAAAUGCUCUAAAAAUUGUUUCUGCAUAAAAAUCCACUGCGUAAAAUGCAGGACAUUAGAGUUAUUUCUUCAGCCGCGAUAAUAGUUUAAUCAAAAACUCAUUGUAUCGCGUGAUACCUACUUCCCUACGGCGGGUAUAGUAGGUGUGACAGAGAACACACUACGUAUUCGCGAGCAGCGAGUGUUUGAUUUUAUUAUAUUAUAGUAGGAUGGCGUAUGUGUGCAGUGGUCAAAUUUACAAUCGAGUUUGUACUUGCUUUUUGAUAUUUCCGAAUUACCCUUUUCUACGAGUUUGGCGAAAUGAUACUUCUAGUAUUUGUAAUAAAAAUGUCUCUUCCAUGGACAUGUUACAAAACGAAAUAUUUGUUGCAAAAUGGAACUUUUGUUUAUAGAGACGCGUGCAAUGUUUGGACUGUUCCAUUUAUAUGGAACUGGUAGUUUGGUAUAUGUAUGACUAUUUGUAGACCUCACAUCUUUGCAACAGGUCCCGUAGACAACAUGCCAGUCGCUAACGCUCCUUAGCGAACGAAAAGCAACUGUCACCGUCACACUACUACAUAUAUGGUAGAGUGAUGGCAGACACAAAGCGAUUCGAUGGCGAAGCGUAAGCGAUUGUCACCUUGGCUUGGCCGCCAGGAUUGAGGAGAGGUCAGUAAGUUAGGACUACAUUAUUGCGAGUUGCUCGCACGGCUAUUACUUUCUAACCUCAAAAUAACGUUAUUUUUGUCUUUGAUGAUUCCUUCGUGGAUUCUAAAAAUAAUUUCACGCCGAAACAGA